AUAUAUAUAUAUAUACAUAUAAAGACUCUUAUAUCUAGUCUGUAAUAAGAUUUCUAUAUCUAAUCUGUGAUUAUAGAUUGCUCAAACAAGAUUACCUACAAUCAAUAUAGUAAUUUAUCAGUGUUAAAAAUACAGAUUCGAUUAUUAUUGAUUGUACAUAAUAUACGUUAUUAAAAUCCUACAUGAAAAAAAGAAUUGAACUUCUUCGUAUUGAAUUUCCGAUGUACUGAUUUAAAGAUCAACUAUAAUGUUAAUAGUGUCAUUAAUUUUAUCUAACGUGUGUGAUCAAGUUAAUUAAAAAUAAAGUGUAAAUAAACAACAUAAUUCUUUGAAAUAUUUUAAGAGAGUACGAAUGUUUUAAUCGCUUUAACGCUACAUUGCUUUGUCGUUUUUAACCUAAAUCGAGAUGGCUGACUCAGAACAAGAUUUCGGAGAUCGUGGAGAUAAUGACAAUUUAAAAACUGAUAAAUUAUUUAUCUUAAAGAAAUGGAAUGCUGUAGCUAUGUGGAGUUGGGAUGUGGAAUGUGACACUUGUGCAAUUUGUCGAGUUCAAGUAAUGGACUACGAAUGGGCCGUAAGAUUAAAUCGAUUUAGUUUAAAUGUAAUUUGUCUUUGGCCUGUAGAAGAACAAAAUAUAAGAAAACAAUCUUGGACGAAAUUACAUAUAACGAUAUGUUUCAUGCUAAUAACUUUUGUUUGUACAAUUCCUUGUUUAUGCGCUCUUAAACAAUGCAAUAAUUUAAUGGAAGUGACGGAUAAUCUUGCAUAUUCUAUUCCUUUGAUAAUAACUACAAUAAAAUUUAUUGUAAUAUCCAGCAAGAAGAAAGUUCUCUCGCUGAUUGUAAACAUGAUCGCAAAAGAUUGGGCAAAAUUAAAAACUGACUAUGAAAAAGAUAUAAUGAUACGCCGAGCAAGAAUUGCAAGAAUAAUCAACAUAUUCGGUUAUAUAUUAAUAUGUAUCUUGAUAUGCUUAUUGAUGAUUUUACCAAGAUUCGGUAUUACUAUUCGAUAUGUAACGAAUGGAACGGAUGCAAAAAAACUUUUUCCGUUACCAACUUAUUAUAUUUUUGAUGUAUCUGAAAGUCCAUAUUUCGAAAUAAUAUAUGCUCUUCAAUCUAUCAGUCUUUUAAUAGCGGCAUUUUGUUAUGCUGGAGUUGAUAAUUUUUUUGGAAUAUUGAUCCUUCAUAUUUGCGGCCAAUUAACAAAUCUUCGAUUUCAGCUCGCAAAUAUGAAAGAAUCAGAAGCUUCUAAUUUCAUUUUAAUAGCUAUUAUAAAAGAUCACAUACGACUCAUCAGAGCAGCAAAUGUGAUCGAAAAUACAUCAACAGUUUUAUUUCUCAUUUUGUUACUUAAUUUUGGAAUGUGUGCUUGUGUAUAUGGCUUGUUAAUAAUCACUAUAUACAUUGAAGAAGAGCAAUUUUCUCUGCUUCGAAUAAUAUAUUUAAUAUGUAAUUUUACAAAUACAUUUCUUCAAACGUUUCUCUAUUUUAUGGCAGGACAAAUGUUAGUAACUCAAUCCGAGGAAGUGCAUAAUGCUGCAUAUGAAUGUGAGUGGGUAAAUUUAAAAUACACGAAAGCAAAAAGUUUGAUUAUAAUUAUGGCGAGAUCAAAAAAGCCGCUUUAUUUAACUGCAGGAAAAUUAUUUCCUGUAACGAUGUUAACAUUUUGUAAUAUAUUAAAAAUUUCGCUCAGCUAUAUAUCCUUCUUAUUAACAAUAUUAUAA